AGGGGAGCGGCGGGGCACGGGCUGCCCGUGCGGGAGCGCGGCGGAGCGGCUGGAGGGGGGUCCCGGCCCGGCUCCCCCGCUAUGGCCACGUCCCCGUGCAGCAGUAGCGGCGUCUCCUCGUCGUCCUCGUCGGGGCUGGGCGCGGACGCGGGGCUGGAGAUCCGCACGCGCUCCGUGGAGCAGACGCUGGUGCCGCUGGUGUCGCAGAUAACUACUCUUAUUAAUCAUAAGGAUAAACCAAAGCGUUCAGACAAGACUCUGCAAGCAAUUCAGCGAGUGGGCCAAGCCGUUAACCUGGCAGUCGGGAGAUUUGUUACUGUGGGUGAAGCCAUAGCCAACGAAAACCAUGAGCUGAAGGAGGAAAUGAGUGUUGCUUGUAUCGAGGCAAGGAGAGCAGGUGAAACAAUUGCACAGCUUACAGAUGUGGCAAGCUUGGAUCAUCCUGAAUCUGAUAGCCACAUUACAAUCUUUACGGACAAAACGGGUGUGGUAAAAGCUGCAAGAUUGUUGCUUUCUUCUGUCACAAAGGUGCUGGUGUUAGCAGACAGGAUUGUUAUUAAGCAAAUUAUAACUUCCAGAAACAAGGUUCUUGCAACAAUGGAACAACUAGAAAAAGUCAGUAGUUUCCAGGAGUUUGUACAAAUAUUCAGCCAGUUUGGAAAUGAAAUGGUGGAGUUUGCCCAUUUAACUGGAGAUCGGCAAAAUGAUUUGAAGGAUGAGAAGAAAAAGGCUAGAAUGGCUGCAUCUAGGGCUGUUCUUGAGAAGUGCACUAUGAUGCUCCUGACUGCUUCAAAGACUUGUCUGAGGCACCCAGACUGUGAAUCUGCUCGUAUUAACAAAGAUGGAGUUUUUCAUCGGAUGAGACUAGCUUUGGAACAGGUAAUAGAAAUUGUAACUGACUCUAGACCAAAUGGAGAAAAUGAAAUGGCCCCCAUCAGCAUAUAUUCUGGCAUCAAAGAAUUCAAGAACAAGGUGGAAGGUCUCCGUGAGAAUCUUUAUUUUCUCUCAAAAGAGAACCUUUCAACAAUGCUGGAGGUUAUCCUGGAACAUACAGAAGACUUCACAGACUCUGCCUAUACCAGUCAUGAGCACAGAGAACACAUUUUGGAGCUGUCUAAACAGGCUAAAAUGGAACUAGAGCAGCUGGUUUCAGUGUGGAUGCAAGCUCAAAACCAAAAGACAAAGGAUCUCAUGGAAGACUUGGAAGUAGCCAUUUUAAAAACAUGCCAGUGCAUGAAUGAACUUAAAAGAGAGGUCCACAGUGCAGCAACAUCUCUGGCAGCAGAUCUUCUAAAAUACCAUACAGAUCAUAUGGUUCUCAAAGCAUUAAAAAUCACAGGAGUAGAAGGAAAUCUUGAAGCUGUAGCAGAAUAUACUUGCAAGCUAUCAGAGCAGAAAGAACAGCUUGUUGAGAUGUGUCGCUUAUUGAGGCAUGUUUCUGGAACUGAGCCCCUUGAGAUUACUUGCAUACAUGCAGAAGAUACCUUUCAGGUCACUGGCCCACAGAUAAUUUCUGCUGCAGAAACCCUGGCAUUACAUCCAUCUAGCAAGAUUGCAAAAGAAAAUCUUGAGGUGUUCUGCGAGGCCUGGGAGUCUCAACUGAGUGACAUGUCUUUGUUGUUAAGAGAAAUCAAUGAUGUGUUUGAAGGAAGAAGAGGAGAGAAGCGUGUCUACCUAUCACUGCCCAGACCAGGGAAGCAUAAUUCAAAUCUGAAAACAUUAAAGCCAGUCAAACUAGAUACUGAGGUAAGAUACCGUCAUUUUAGUAAAAAAAACUUUCAUUUUUUUAUCUUAUCAGAAGAAUGUGUUUUUAAGUGCCAUAAAUAUGGUUACCAUUUACAGGAACAGGCGAAAAUUGCAAAACUUGGAUUAGAAUUGCAUCUGCUAACAUCUGAUGUGGAUUCUGAGACUGAGAAAUGGGAGGAUCAGGAGAAUGAGAUUGUGCAACAUGGGCAAGGCAUGUCAAGUAUGGCCUACUCCAUGUAUUUGUUUACCAGAGGAGAAGGACUUCUGAAAACUACUCAAGAUUUAUUUCAUCAGGCAGAGAUUUUUGCCACAGAGGGCACAAAGCUUGCUUCAGCUCUUCAUGCUCUUUCUGAUCAGGUGCACAAUGAUGACAAGCCUUUGCUUCUGUUGGAGGCUGAAAAACUCAUCUCUAUGUGCAAGCAGCUCCAGAUAACAGCUAAAGCUUCUGCUCAGGGUAAAAGUGCUACAUUUACAAAGGUUGAUGCAUGCAUUCUGAAAACAAGGAAUGUGAUGACUCUGCUAUGCCAACUUCUUCCACUUUGCUGCAAAUUACUGAGAAAGAAUAAAGCAGGAAAUGGUUGUCUUAAGCCUGCUCCACCAUGGAAAGAAGACAGAUUACGAACUGGUACAAAUGCACGUACUCCAGAAAGAAGAGUGGACACAUUUGGCAUCAAGUCUUUAGAAAAUCAUGUAACAAACAUGACGUUUUUAGAGAGCAAGUAAUCAUAGCACUGAGAAAUGCAGGAAUUCCCAUUUGAAAAUAACACUUGCUGAAGUUUCAAUAUUGCUUUCAUUUGUGGAAAGUCAAGCCAGGUUAAUUUGAUAUAAAACUGUUGACCUUUUGUCACAUCUAAUAGAUGUCCCGUGACUUAGCCAUUAAAACACCAGCUGGUCUAAAUGUUCUGUAUUUUUAUAAUGUGAAUGCCUUUCCUAUGCUCACUAUUGAUACCCAUUUUGUAAUUAAUGCUUAUGAAUGUCUUAAUGGAUGUGUCAACCCGAAGAUGCUGCUAAUAGACAUUUUAUGUAAAGACCCCUGUGCUGCAUACGCUAUAGGUAACACUACUGUUGAAGUCUGUAAACUCAUCUCUGGCCUAUUUCGGUCUAUAUAUUUGAUAAAGUGGAAUCAGGAAUAUAGUCUGAAAGGCUGUGGCCUGAAGCACUGAAUUGUUACCUUAGUUACAAGUUAUGCCUGCAAUGAAGUAGUCCUAGGAAAAAAAAAACCUCUUUAAAUAGCUGCACCCCUGAAUUUUAAUCUUGAUGACAUGAUUCAUCUCUACAAAAGUGUAUUUCUAAGUGAUUAAUAGUCUUGACUCAAACCCUUUUCUUUUAGCCUAUUUGUAGAUGGCAGUUGUUGCUUUCUUUUUUAUUAAAACUUACUGAGCAGAAUUUGAGUUGCCUGUAGAACCACUGAAGUAUUAUGCAGACUUGAUACUAUGCCAUUUAAAAUUGAAGAACGUAGAUACUGAUUAUUACAAAAUUCUGUACAAAGGGCAUUAUUUGACUUCAGGAUACCAUGAAAAUACAACUUGGUGUGAAAUACAUAUUUUCAAGUUUAUCUGCUCUUUGUACAGAGGCUUUUGCUGCAGUUUUAUUUUCCAUUCACCUGUGUCAAACUCCAUAUUGUAUUAGUUAAGCUAAAUUACAUGAUAGCCAAACGCUAUGGUUUUUCUAUAUAUACUAUGCUAGCAUUAAGCAGAAGCAAAGCUGAUUGUGGAACACAAAUAAUCUCCAACAUGUCAUUCUGAGCUUAUUUAAAAACCUGUAGAGCUAGAAUUCAGAGAAAAAGAAAAAUUUUACAUCAAGUUUUUACAGAAAUUUUAAUAUACAAACUAUUUGAACUGGUUUAUUCUUUUAUGAAUCAAGCAGUUUAGUUCCACUUUUAAAAACUGGCACUGGGUCUUUUCAAUACUACAAAACUCACAGUUACAAUAAAAGUCACUUAUUUAGUAUUAAA